AUGAUGGCCCGAAAUAAGAACCAAGGAUCUAAGGACCCCUUUUUACAGUAUCUUGUCGGUGGGGUAAAAACAUGCCGAAAGAUAAUGACCGGCGAGGAAGAGGAGCAAAACCGUGCCAUCAAGUGGAGAAAGCAUGAGAGCAUCCAACGAAUGGAUACUGCCAUCCCAAACACUUUCAAACGAUCUGGAAAGUACGAUAACUUCGUGCAGAAUACUACCGGCUACGAGGUCGAUCAUCAGUGCAGACCCGUCCAAUCAAAUGUACUCGACUACAUUCAGAGCACUGUCGAUGGGGGAAAGAAUCAGGAGGAGCUACCCAUCGUGGAUGGAUUAUCUAAAUUAACUUCAUCCGGCUAUCGAGAAAAGAAUUUCGGCGGUUCUAGAGCUCUUCUUGAACAAAUUCACGGAAAAUCGGAGCCUAAUUCAACUGAUUCCCUUCUAUCUCAAGUUUCUGAGGAGCUUAAAUCCCUUGAAUAA